AUGGGCCGCUCACUUGUCAAAACCGCGCUAUCGCACAACGACCUCGUCGCCGCCGUCGGCCGUACCUACGAGAACAGUCCUGAAUGCAUGAAGGAGCUAGAAAACGAGCACGUUAACUGCAUGGGCCUUCUGUGCGACGUUCGCGCGAGAGACACUGUCCAGCGCGUCAUCGAGCAGACAAUCGCGCGGUUCGGGCGCAUCGACGUGAUAGCCAAUUGCUCCGGGUACGGCGUGAUCGGCGCAUGCGAGGACCAGGACGAGUUCGAUAUCCGGAACCAGUUCGAGACAAAUUUCAUGGGUACCCUGAACAUGAUCCAAUUGUCACUCCCACAUUUCAGGGAACGCCGCGCGGGCCGGUACCUCGUUUUCAGCUCGACGAGCGGCGCACUGGGCGUUCCGGGCUUGGGACCCUAUUGCGCGAGCAAGUAUGCGGUGGAGGGACUCAUGGAGUCCAUGCUCUACGAAGUCGACAGCUUUAAUAUCAAGGGCACGCUCGUCGAGCCGGGACAUAUGCGGCGCGACGAUAUUGCCGAUUUGGUCUCGCCGUCUGCCAUGGCGGCGAAUCCCUCCGAACACAAUCUCUCCUCGCCUUUACCGUUAUACGGCCAUUUCCUGGUCAAGCCGCCCAGCGAGCCGUACAACACGCCUACAUCGCCCGCUGCGCACGCGCGGCGCAUGCUCAUGUGGCUAGGCGAUAAGCAACCUGCUAGCGCGGUCAAGGCUGCGCACCUGGUCUGGCAGCUGGGUCAUUGCUCGUACCCGCCUCUGCGGCUGAUUCUGGGGACUUAUGCUGUGGAGAGUAUAAGGGACCGUCUGAAGUGUAUCAUUGAGGAGAUUGAGGACUGGAAGCAUCUUAGCUUUCCUUUGGGGGAGACGCAGCCUGCUAUUGGUGCUCGUGAGCAGUCGGCGAAUUUGGGGGAAGGGAAUGAUGGUUGA